AUGGUUGGCGUACACGAAAUCCUCAAAAAACGUAUCCUGGAUACAAUUGGAUCCGUCCAACCAGCUGGACGAUGGAAGGUCGUAGUGGUUGAUGCUCGAACACAGAAAGUUAUUUCGUCCGCCUGUAAGAUGUUUGACAUCUUAGAAGGGAAUGUCACUUUGGUGGAAAGUCUCGAAAAAUCGCGCCAGCCAUAUCCAACGUUGGAAGCUGUAUAUAUACUUACUCCUUCGUACGAAGUCAUUACAAAAGUAAUUGAAGAUUUUGCUAAGCACAAGACACCAUUGUAUGCUGCGGCUCACCUGUUUUUCACUUCUGGACUCGAUGAGAAAUUGUAUCAGAGACUGAAAACGUCUCCAGCUUCAAAUUAUAUACGAAAAUGUACCGAAAUUUAUAUUGAUUUUCAUGCCAUCGAAGCACAAGUUUAUUCCUUUGAUUCUCCGGAAAGCUUCUUCAAGCUAUACUCGCCAGAGGAAGCGUUUGGUUACGAGGAUGAAAUACGUCAAAUAGCAAAGAAACUCGUGUCAGUUUGUGUGACGUUGGGAGAGAAUCCUUUGAUUAGAUAUCAGAGGUCGCUUGAGGCUGAUCAUCCGACCAAGACUUUGAGUUAUAAAUUAGCUAUGCUCGUGCAGUCCGAAUUAGAUCAAUAUGUACGAGAUUAUCCUGAAUUUGGUAUGCAAGAAAAUCCUCGUCCAAGAGGAGUGCUCUUUAUUUGCGAUCGUUCACUGGAUAUGAACGCGCCAUUCUUGCACGAAUUUACGUACCAAGCGAUGGUUAAUGACCUUCUUCCUUUGGAAAAUGGUCAAAAAUAUUCCUACGCGUUUACCGGUCCAGAUGGCUCUUCACAAACGAAAGAAGCUAAUUUAGAUGAAUCGGACCAAAUUUGGGUUGAAAUAAGGCACAAACAUAUGAAAGACUGUAUCGAGAAGUUAAUGAAAGAUUUCAAUGAUUUUGUUGGGGAAAACGCCGGAUUUGCCGAUAAAGACAAAGCAGCGAGUUUAAAUGACAUGAAGAGAAUGUUGGCAAAUUUACCACAAUUUCAGAACAUGAAAGAGAAGUUUUCUGUGCAUUUGGGCAUGGCACAGGAAUCCAUGUCGCUUUUCGACAAACAAAAGUUGGCGUCAAUAGCAAAUAUCGAACAGGCAAAUGGACAUCACCCAAAGGCCAUAGUUGAAGACAUGGUACCACUAUUAGAUGAUCCAGUUGUAAGUUCAUAUAACAAAGUGAGAAUGCUUCUGCUUUAUAUGAUGUACAAGAACGGUAUUAUUGAGGAAGAUAGACGCAAAUUACUUGCUCAUGCGCGGAUAUCAUACGAUGAGAAUGAUGCAAUCAACAAUACUUUACUAUUUGGAGUCAAAUUGAUACGGUCGCCGCUGGGUAGUGAUAAGAGUAAGAAAUCUAAACAAAAAGUGAACAACGAAGGCGCAUACGACAUUUCGCGCUACGUACCACAACUAAAAAUUCACCUGGAGAACCAUAUCAAAGGCACGCUUGAUGUUACACAAUUUCCAUACGCCCGAGACCCAUCUGGGGACGGAGAAUCAAGAGGUCGGGCUGUACCCGUCCAGCCUGUUUCACUAAGAAGCACGCGUGCCGAGUGGUAUAAACGCGGAGCCCCUAGCGAAACGCGUGCAAGUCGCUUAAUAGUUUUCGUGGCGGGAGGUGUAACGUACUCUGAAUUGCGCAGUGCUUAUGAGUUAUCGGAGAAACAUAAUAAAGAUGUAAUCAUAGGAUCAACACACAUAAUUACGCCCACGAAAUUUGUAGACGAUCUAAAAUUGCUGCGACGGCCCCCCCGCCCUUCAGCAUCGGUCCAACCCCCUACGUUAGCACCACCUCUCCCACAACGCCCACCGAAUUCUGCUCCCACACCUUACUCCAAUCAACCUCCCGUUUCUUCCGCUUACGGAGCAUCGCCUAAAUCAUUUUCUGGUUUACCAUCCCAACAGGGGUAUGGCGCAUCAGGGUAUGCGAAUCACGGUGGAACAGGAGGCGCGUAUGGUGGAUAUCAAGGAAACCAUAAUCAACAAUACCCACCACCUGCCAAUGCUAGCUUUGGCCACGUGCAGAAGCCUUCAGCUGGUUCAUCGUAUAAGCCAAAGACCAAAUUGGGAAAAGAGUUGGGGAAGGUGUUUAAGUUUUAA